AUGAGUAUUGCUGAGGACGACUAUCUUUCAGAAGAGGAGGGAUUCAAUGAGGACGCUCUUUCGAACGAGGAGUAUGACCAUCUUUACGAACUCCUUCCUGUGGUCAAGAAAGAUUUGGCUUCAUAUAACGAUUCCAUAGAUGAUCUAAGCAUCAAGGAAGCUAUAUACUACAACUACUUCGAACUAGAGCCUACAGUGGAGGACUUAAAGUCCAGAUUCCCCAAAAAGAAAGAGGAGCCGAAGUUGUCCAAGCUUGCAAUGCUUGCAAAGAAGCGUAAAGAAGCUCGUGCUGGAAAUAUAGAGACAGAGAGCACCAGUACAAUUGCAACAGUGUCUUUUGCAAGUGAAAAACCGAGCAACAAACUAGCAGCGUUGGCUACGGCAAGGAAAUCGGGGAGUCGAGGUAUUCUGAAGCUUCUGUCUCAAGCUUUUGCGGAGCCUUCAAAUAAACCUAGAUUAACGAGGAAGUCGAACCUAGCUGGACUAGCGGUUAAGCGUAAGGCAAAGGCAGAGCCGGCCUCCAACGAAUCACAUAGCAUGUCUCCUGAGCCUGUUUUAUCACAUCCUUCGGAGGAAGCAACUCCGCUGACAGAGGCGAAAACUUCACAGAAGGCGAAGCUCAAUAUUCCAUUGAUAAAUCGGGUGGAUUUUCAUGGAGUAGCUCACCUGCCUAUAUCAGUAUUCCUCUUUGAUACAAUUGUGGAGUCCUCGAGGGAUAGAGGCAAAGGCAAAAAACGAAGAAAAAUUGCAUCUGAGUUGUUUUAUGCAUAUACUAACUCACCACUUGCAGUCAAGGCAAAGACUAAUUUUGAACAACCGAGUCCAGAUGACGUUAUUCUCACUGCUCAAAAACAGGCCUUUGAGUCAGACAUGAGCAAACUCUCUAUCAAGGAUAAAAAAGUUGAAGAUACUUCAAGGGACAAAAAAGUGCCUGCUGCAACUAAACCUUUUAAGUCGAUCGAUCUUGCCAAAGAGCUCGCUGGCAAUCCCAACUUCACCAAACCCAACAAAUCAUUUGUCAUCAUUGGUCAUGUGGAUGCUGGUAAAUCAACACUCGUGGGGCGAAUUUUGUAUGAUGUUGGAGCCGUCGAGUCGAAAACUAUGGUGAAAUUAGUUCGCGAGGCCGAGAAAUCAAACAAAGGUUCUUUUGCUCUCGCAUGGAUCAUGGAUCAAACGCAAGAGGAGAGAUCCAGAGGUGUGACAAUCGACAUAUGUGCUACAAAUUUUGAGACAUCAGAUACUAGGUUCACGGCGAUUGACGCACCUGGUCACAAAGAUUUUGUUCCACAGAUGAUUGGAGGUGUCUCGCAAGCUGAUGCGGCUUUGCUCGUGGUGGACAGUAUCCAUGGUGAGUUUGAGGCGGGUUUCAUGAUGAAUGGUCAAACUAAGGAACACACUCUUCUUGCUAGAAAUUUGGGUAUUGACGAGAUGAUUGUUGCAGUGAACAAGAUGGAUAAGGAGAACUGGAGCGAGGAAAGAUUUCAAGAAAUCAAGGGGGAGUUACUUGAAUACCUCACAAAACCAGAAGUGGGCUAUAAAGCUGAAAAUAUAACAUUUAUACCUCUUUCAGGGUUGACUGGUUACAAUGUGGUCAAGAACGAUGGUUCCAUCAAAGAGCUCUCCUGGUACCACGGACUCACGUUACUCGAUGUUCUCUCCAAAAUCAAAGGUGCUCCGGCGAAUUCUAUUCAAAAACUUGAGCAGAGUGAUUUCAAUUUAGCGAUCAACGACAUCUUUGAUGUGACUAGUUCGGAAUUCAAAAUAAAGGGAAAGGUAACUCUGGGACUUAUACAACCGGGACAAACCGUAUGCCUUCAGCCGUCGGAUGAAUAUUUACAGGUACAGGAAGUUCAAAUCAACAACGAGGCUGUUGAUGUUGCUAUUGCAGGUCAGAUUGCUAUUUUGAAAUUCAAGACGUCCCAAUUCAAGAACAAGAGUGUUGAGGACAUCAGCAUAGGUGAUCUAGUCUCUAGCAUAAAUUCUUCGUUGAAAGCUGUCAAAAAAUGCACUGCAACUGUCAACAUGUUCAAUAUCACCAAACCACUUCUUGUUGGUACUCCAUUCGUGUUAUUCAGAAGCAAUGCGUCUGUUGCCGCAAGAAUCAACAAAGUGAAGAAGAUUAAUGGUGUCAAAAAGAAAAAGAUGCAUCUCGUCUCUAACCAAAUUGCUGAUAUUGAGAUCGAAAUCAUCGUAGAUCGGCCAUUACCUUUGGCAAGGUUUGAAGAUAACAAGGCAUUGGGAAGACUAGUAAUUCGUCGAGAGGGCGCUACUGUUGGUGCUGGUGUUGUAACUAGUAUAUAG